AGUUCCUGGAGAGGCGGAUAUUCACUCUGUCAGUGGUGUGGGGAUGGUCUCUCCUGUGCAGCAGCGUAGAUAUGACUAUCUUGCUGGUAGGGAAAUUGGUGGAAGCUUGCUCAAUGACUCUCCUCAGGGAGUCUGCCCUGUUGGGACCUUAAAUCGUUGGUGCCUGUAUGAAUGAUGAUGUAGCUAGGUGAGCCUAGCUCAGGCACUGUUAACAGCUCUGGUGUUGGGGCACCAGAUCUUCUCCGUUCUGUGCCUUGGGAAUAAGGUCUUUUCAUACAGGAACUUUCCAUUAGAGUCCAUGAGGAGGAUAAUGUCAGCUCUUCUGCCUGUGUGUGUUUGUUCAGACUCAGCUAUCGGGUCUCGAUGUGGAGCUGUGGUGGUGGUUUCAGGUCUGGAGCUCCUGGCUGGAGGCUGGCUAGAGGCCGGGCCUUGGACAGGUGUAGGGGUGUGACUGGCGUCUUUGCUUGGGAAGUGUGUAGGGAGGCAGCUGGUUGGUACGGGGGGGGGCUUACCUCAGUGGUAUUUGCGCUGCGGCCAACUAGUCUCGUGCUACCCAGACUCUGUUGCAGCUGCGACAGGGAGCUAAGAGCGUUGCAGACUUUUCAGUGGAAUUUCGCACGCUGGCAGCAGAUUCUGGGAGAAACAAUGAGGCUUUACAUGGGGUAUUUCAAAAUGCCUUAAGUGAACAACUAAAGAACGAGUUAGCUGCACGUGAUGAGACCUCUGUUUUUGACUCUCUGGUUUCUCUUGCUAUCAGGCUAGACAACCGCGUUCGGCAGCGACGCAGAGAGAAAGCUAACCACUUCCUUCCACUCAGCUACCCUUGUUCUUCUGCGCCGCCUCCCGCGAGGGUGGAGAAAUGGCCUGACUCUGGAGAGCCGAGGGCUGAAACGAAAGAACCCUCUAGUGAGGAGCCCAUGCAAUUGGGCCGAGCCCACUUUAUCUUCCAUGGAAUGCCUCUGCCAAUUCAGAGCAGGUGAGUGCCUGUAGAGGGUUAGGGUUAUAUCAUCCUCCUUGUUUCCCUCACAGGAGGAGGAUAUUCCCAUCCCAUCUAUCCAAGUGCACCUCCAUCGCUGCCGUAAGAUCUGGAGGGUUGCUCGCUCUGCCCUUCUCCGCACCACUGAAAACAACCGGUGCUUGGCAGAUUGGCACAGACUCAGGCUCCCCAUUACCUUCAAGGUCAGAAAGUUUGUCUCUCCGCUAAGAACAUUCCUUUAAAGACCGAAUCCAGAAAACGGCCCCCACGUUUCAUUGGUCUGUACGAAAUUGAUAAAAUAAUUAGCCCAACUGCUGUCAGGCUGAGGUUGCCGAGAACUAUGAGGAUCCAUCCUGUCUUCCAUGUCUCACAAAUAAAGCCAGUCCUUUAUGCCCUCCGGCUCCUCCCCCUCCUCCCAGAUCGUCGAUGACCACCCGGCAUACUCGGUUAGCCGGCUCCUGGACGUCCACCACCAGGGCAGGGGGUUGCAGUAUCUGGUGGACUGGGAAGGGUAUGGCCCUGAAGAGCGUUUGUGGAACCCAUGGUCUUUCAUUAUGAAUCCUCGGCUCAUCGGCCUGGUGGGUUCGCCCGGAGGCUCCCCUUGCGGGGGGUACUGUUAUGAGUCUGCAGUUCUCCUCUCCUACCCCAUGUGUUUCUGUUCUCCUCCCUCCUAGUGUCUCCUGUUAGUCUCCCUGUCUGUCUCUCUGUGUUGUCUGUGUGCCUGUUUGGGGCGUGGCUUCUCAGUCUGUGCCUGGCUCUCCACCUCCUCCUGCACACCUGAUCUACAUUCCACUAAUCAAGACUCUGCAGUAUAUCAACCCAGUUCUUCACCUCAAUCGUCGCCAGAUCGUCAGCUCACCUCAGUGGAUCACUGCCUGCCUGGAGGAUCUGCCAUCUGUCAAGCUCAGCUCACUGCCCGCCUGGAAAUUCACUCGCUGGUCUCCAUUCCCUGGUAUGCCCCCUGCUCAGCUCUCACGCCUUGUUUCAAUAAACUUUAAAUUCCUGGAUUUGAACCUGCCUUGAGUCUGCUUUUGAGUCCAUUCACCUAGUCUGCCAUAACAGAUCAUUCCUCAGCGCUGUAGCUCGUUUAAUCUUGAGAAGCUGCAGAGCUGGAAGCUCUAUUCAUUAUCACUGUAACUUACACUGUACAUUUACAGCUGACCCUUUUCACUCGGCUCGCCUUGCCAUCUCGAAAAAUCGACUUUACUAAUAGGACACAACUACUUUAUUAAUCCCACUAGGGGCAACUAGUUUAAAGCAACAUGUUUGCAAAAACAAGUGCAAAACACUAAACAGUGUGUGGAACUGCCAUAAGCUGUUAGAUAGAAACACUGCAAAUAGUGGGGAGUAAGUAUGGCUUUAGAUAAAAGGUGUGUUCAUCAUGAUGGGUGUAGUUCUUAACACCCAGGUUUGUUAUGUUUCUCUUCUUCUGUAUAUUUGUCACUUAUGUGAGAGGGAAAAGAGAAAAGGAAACGAGAGGCAAGUGCCACAAUGAUCUAAGAUGGCCGCUGGUAUGGCAGGCAUGGUAACGGCUCUUCUACUAUACACUCUAAUUUUGGGUUUCAUACCAUCUAAAGUUGGUUUAGACCUUAAACAUGCUGAAAACAAGCAACAACUUUUUUCCAAUGGGAAAAUAUAUUUCAGCAGUAUGGAUCUAACGUUACUUCUUAAACAAACAAUCAAUAACAAGCCAAGCAUUGGUUAUGGGAAAUACCUUGUGGCUAUGACUUUCAUUUAUCCUCAGCUGUACAAACAAUUACAAAAAAAAAAAAAAAACUAUGACAAAUUCACGACUACAAUGGACCAACGCACUGCUCAUCACAAUCUGUUUAAUAUACAUCCAUGCCCAGGACCGCACCGCGUCACACUGGAGGGGAGGCCUGGAGAGGAGCAUACUACUACAGUCCUACAGGUAUGCCCGUUGUAUGAUGUACUACAGUGUGGUCCUGUACUUUCUAACCUUCCCUGUCCGUCGCCCUCGUUUGGUGCUGUCGCGGAUGGGGCGCCGGGGAGAUGUGCUGGUGCUGGGGUGCAGAAGGUGGUGGAUCGGCGUGCACAGGUUUCUCGCGCCGGCGUGGCUGGAGUGCGGCGUGUCCUCGGAGGAUCAGGGGGGGCGAUCCCACGGAGCGAUGACCUCGCGGGGACAUCGGGUGGACCACAUGUUUCUGCUGGGUUGGCUAGACCCCGGAGCUCUGAGACAAUUUCAAGAACGUGCGCUUCACAUGUCCCCAUAGUAAUGCAGAAUGUAAACAGAAAACGGAUAAAUCCAGGGAUUGCAAAGAACAGGAAGUGGGAGGUGUUUCAGACUGUCAAUCAUUCGCGAACAGUAUGGGACCCUAGGGCUAAACCAAAGGGACUUUUAGGUGGUCAUUUAAAUAUUAGAAGUUUACUGUCUAAAAGUGAGCAAAUACAGCAGGUGAAGUAACACCUAAAACACUGAUGAGGGUGCAAGUAUGUGUACACUUUGUCACGGUCAGCCAUGGUUUUCAUUCACUUUCGGCAUCAUGCACCACCAUGCACCUGGAACCCUUUGAGGUUGGAAGUCAGAAGUUUCAACUGGGAAAAAUCCCAGUUACGACCAGUCUCGAACACGCCACAACUUCGUGACGUCGGGUGUAACUUCCCCGUUAACUCGUACUACGAAAGGUGGAUAGGUGUUACCCAAAGUCUGUUGCCAUGACAAUUUCCCCCGCAUCUCUGAACUGCUCUGAGCAGGUUU